AUGCCGCCACUUGUGAGGCUAUUUGCUUCACUUCGCUCAUAUUUUCUAGCCUCUAGGCACACAAAAAGAGUUACCCCUCAACCCGAAGAACAGAAAGAAAGAAAAGUCACAGAAGUGCAAAGUCCAGAGCAGCCUGUGGACCAAGUGAGCCUUCCAGGUCACUGCAGGGAGCCUCCGCGGUGGGAACACGAGGCCGCGAAGAGGAUCUACCACUUCGCGGUGGGGCAGGCGGUCCACUACCGGUGCGAGCAGGGAUACCGGGCUCUGCAGCGCGGCCCCGCCCGGAGCGUCUGUGAAGUGGCCGGCGGGAAGACGAGGUGGACCCGGCCCCGGCUCACGUGCGUGGAUGGAACGGAGCCCGGUCAGUUUCCAGGUGAAGAGCCUUCUCAGGCAAGCCCCAGUGACCUUCCUGAGAGGAAGACGUCCUGUCCCCUCACGACGAUGACAAGUACAGGAGCUCGGCCACCAACGACAGAUUAUCAGGAGCACACAGAAGCAGCCGCCACCACGGAGACAUUCAUAUUCACGACAGAGUACCAGGUGGCAGUGGCCGGCUGCGUCCUCCUGCUGUUCACCGUCCUCCUGCUGAGCGGGCUCACCUGGCAGCGGAGAUGGAGGAAGAGCAGAAGAACAAUCUAGAAAACCAAGAGAACAAGAACCUCCUGCUAAGAAGCCAAGAACAGCCAACCCUCGGAAGUCACGAAGCGCAAGCAAAACCAGUGAAGUGCGACGCUCGCCCGAGAGGCAUCUCUCGUGCCCGCUCGGGUUGCAGAGUGCCGAGAUGUCACAUCACCGGACCCCGGGCAGCGGCAGCCCCGUCACUAAGCCACCCCUGCGCCGUCACAGAGCAAGCUCUACCGGCUUCUAGACAGCAGGUCCAAGGUCCUUGAAGGAAAAGGGCGGAGCAGUCAGAACUCUGCCUUAUUUUCAUGUAGAUGUGUUCAUGGAAGCUAGCAGGGCGUUGAACUCUCCACACUUUAUACCGUGUAAAGAAAAGUAGCUUCAUAUUACCUUCUUCCCCACUUAGGAAUCCCAAGUAAAGCCCUAGCACUAAUGUAAACGGACUCACACGCGUGUGCGCACGGACGCACGCGUGCACACUCACUCUCUGCCUUGUAGAGCGCGUGGGCCCUUUCCCAGCCCCUGCUCUCCCGACCGCAUUGCUUUGUUCACCUCCUUCGAGAACUCCGGGCUGGCAGCUAGGCUCCUUUCCGUCUUCGGCCUCAAUCCUGCAAAGUGAGCUGUCUCUACGGAGCUUCCGGUUUUGGAUCUCCAAGGAGGAACAGAGGCCGAGGCAGGACGAUCUAUGGAUGACCCCAAAACGGGGCAGCCGAGCCCCUGAGUCAAAGUCGGGAACAGAAGGAUAAACCGGGUCCCGGGUGACGACUUUUACUCAAUCAGAAAGGUUCACCAGUAGGCCUCUAUAAGAGUCUGAUCCUCUGGGAUUGCUGCAAGCGACGCUCU